AUGGAAUCUAAAGAAAGGAGUCUGUUAUACUUACUUCUCUUUGCAAUAUGCACAGCCAGCGUUUGCCUUUGUGCAAGAAGAUCAAAUGCUCGGCGAUCUGAGCGUCUGAGUCCUCCAUUAGACAUCCAGCUGGAGACAGUCAACUGCACCGCCUUUAGUGUACGAUGGAAGAUGCCCCGGCGACAUGUUAGCACCAUCACUGGAUACAAGGUCUUCUACACAGACAUUAGGAAUGGUCGUCCAAUGGCUACAGCGUCUUUGAUGGAGGUGCCUCUCAACUUGGACAUGCUGACCACUGGGCAAUUUGACGGACAAGCGAGCUUUGAUGUGGAAAUCGGUAACCUUAAGAUGAACACUAAGUACAGAGUCACUGUUGGAGCGUAUGGUUGGGCAGGGGAAGGUAGACCCAGCAUGCCCAGAGACAUCAGCACUGCGCCACAUGACAUGUGCAUGCCCCCGUCGCCCCCCACUCAGCCUGUUGUCAAGGCUGUAUCUGACACAGAGCUGGCGUUGUCAUGGCAGCAAGGAGAGAGCGAGGGAAGCGCACCUGUCCUUCACUUCCUGGUGGCUUACAUCAGGCCAGAAAUGGACACGGAGUGGACAUAUAUCCGUGAGCCCAUUGAGACUAACUCCAUGGUUAUGAAGGGAUUGUUACCGGAAACAGAGUACCAGUUUGUUGUCAGGGCGGCCAACUUGCACGGAGUUAGCCCACCCAGCAACAUCAACAACCCUGUGCGCACUCUCGGUUCAUCAGAUGUUGGCAGUGGUGAUUACGGCCGUUACAUCACAGACUCAAGAGACAAAGAUGAAGAUGGUUUCGACAUCGAUGACUCUGAUUAUGAUAUCUUUAUUGAGGAGUUGAAGCCAUUUCCAGGUAUCAAUCAGGACAACAGGAAGUCCCAGCUCCGUUCACGCCCUGAUCGGCCAUCUGGUCGGAACGUUGUUUACCGUAUGAACACCAUCACUCCUCCCAACGUUACUGCUCCUCCAGCUUCUUUCACCCCGUCAUCCAUUUUCCAAGUUUUCACAGAUUUGGUUUUCUCAACCACCUCAGAGCCCAGUACCAAUACUGACACCACAACUACUGCCCCACCUACCACUACUAGUUUCUGUCCUGUUACAAAAUUGCAUUUGAAAGUGAAGCAUAGUUAUAGCUAAACCACUGACUACGUACUGGAAACAACACUAAACUUGUUUAUCUUUCUUCCUCUUCUGAUCCACCUUAGCAUUACUUUACCCACCACCACUACCAUCCCAACCAUGUCCCCCUGGAAAGGUGAGGUACCUCGUGUGUACGACCUGACCUGCGAUGAUACUGUGUGCCCCCCCGACAGCUUCUGUCUCAGCGAUUACGACGGCGGAGGCUCACGCUGCCACUGUAACCUCGGAUGGAGAGGGGAAAAUUGCUCUGAGGUGGUAUCGGUGAACUUUCCCCGGUUCCAUGGUUACUCCCACAUGACCUUUGAACCCUUGAAGAACUCUUACCAGACAUUUCAGAUCACUUUGGAGUUCAAGGCAGACUCUGAGGAUGGCUUGUUGCUUUACUGUGGAGAGAAUGAACACGGACGUGGAGACUUUACCUCUUUGGCUCUGGUGAGAGGCAAGCUGCACUACAGGUUUAACUGUGGUACAGGAGCAGCUCAAAUAGUCAGUGACAGUCGCAUUGUUGUCGGUCAGUGGCACAUGGUCACCGUCUUCAGAGAUGGCAUGAGUGGCUGGCUGCGUAUCGACAACGACACCCCCAUAUCCGGACGCUCAGAGGGCCAGUACACUAAGAUCACUUUCCGCUCCCCGCUUUAUGUGGGCGGAUCCCCGAGUGCUUAUUGGCUGGUCAGGGCAACGGGGACAAAUCGUGGCUUUCUUGGCUGCAUCCAGAGUCUGACCGUCAACAACAAGGCUACCGACAUCAGACCCUGGCCUCUGGGCAGAGCUCUGAGUGGAGCUGAUAUAGGUGAGUGCAGCGACAGCGUGUGUGACCUGGUCAGCUGUGCCAAUGGCGGAGUCUGCUUUGCAAACCGUGCUGAUGGCUUCAUCUGCCUGUGUCCGCUCGGCUUCAAGGGAGCACUUUGUGAAGAGACUUUCUCACUGUCCUCGCCUCUCUUCAAUGAGACGGUGUUUUCGUACGCUGUCAUCCCGUGGCCUCAGUCCUUUCAGAGUUAUCUGUCUUUCAUGGAGUUUGAGCUGACGUUUCGGCCGUCGAUGCCCGACGGGACGCUGCUGUACAGUGAUGACGCAGGUAGCGGAGACUUCCUGGCUAUCAACCUGGUGGACGGAUAUGUAGAGUUCCGAUUUGACUGCGGCUCUGGAGGAGCUACAAUAAGGAGUGAAGAGAAGAUCAGUCUGGGCACAUGGCAUGAGCUGAGGGUGUCUCGCACAGCAAAGAGCGGUAUCCUUCAGGUGGACAGCCAGAGGCCACUAGAAGGAAUCGCUGAGGGAGCUUUCACUCAGAUCAACUGCAGUUCACCCCUUUAUAUUGGCGGAGUACCCGAAUACGAUAAAACCAAGAGGGCGGCGGGUGUGAUAAAGCCCUUCACUGGAAUUAUUCAGAAGUUGAUACUUAAUGACCGCACCAUCCCGAUAAUAACUGGCUCCGCUGGUGGAGUUAAUGUAGCAAAUUCAGCGCACCCAUGUGUGGAAAGUCCCUGUGCCAACGGAGGGACCUGCAGGCCGAAGUGGGACAGUUAUGAGUGUGACUGCCCCCUAGGAUACGAUGGGAGGCACUGCCAGAAAGAGUGUGGGAAUUACUGUUUGAACACUGUGACUGAAGCCAUUGAGAUCCCUCAGUUCAUUGGCCGAAGUUACCUGACAUAUGACAACAGAGAUAUCCUGAAAAGGUUGUCUGGUUCAAGGACCAACCUUUUCAUGCGUUUUAAGAGUACAGCCAAGGAUGGCCUGUUGUUAUGGCGAGGAGACAGUCCAAUGAGACCCAACAGCGACUUCUUGUCCAUGGGGCUUCAGGAUGGUGCAUUAAUCUUCAGUUAUAACCUGGGCAGUGGUGCAACUAACAUUUCUGUCAACGGGACCUUCACCGAUGGCAAGUGGCACAGAGUCAAAGCUGUGAGGGAUGGCCAGUCAGGGAAGCUGACAGUGGAUGACUAUGGAGCAAAAACUGGCAGGACACCUGGAAAGAUGAGACAACUCAACAUCAACGGACCCUUAUAUGUUGGUGGCAUGAAGGAGAUAGCCCUUCACACAAACAGACAGUACAUCGGAGGCUUGGUGGGCUGUGUGUCCCACUUCACACUCUCCACUGAUUAUCACUUAGCACUGGUGGAGGAUGCUGCUGACGGCAAGAACAUCAACACCUGCUCCAACUAGAAAAUGGCUUCAAUACGUGAAGGUCCGUUUUCAGCAACAUUUUCAGCUGGAGCAAACACCUCGACCAGCUGAAAACUGACUAAAACAAUUACAUUUUGGUCCACCAAUUCAACUUUGUAUAAACUCAAAGUACAACUUGUUGAUGAAUUGCUCUGAAAAACAGUUCCGACACAUGGCAACCACAAAAACGACCAGAGGAUAUUACAAAGCACAAGUACUCUGUGGAAGGAGAGAAACAGCUUAGCGUUAUGUGUUAUGAAGGUCUAUGAAGGACAAUUUCUAUACAUGGGAUGAUCCCAAUCUUAUCUUGUUUUUUCUACUGUUAAUCCCUAUUUGAUUGCUGGAAGAACCAAGUGAUUCGAGGGAUCAAGAGUCGUCAUACGUUUUUCAUGAACCUGACCUAGAGCAGCUAGCAGAGAUAAACUUCUUUGUAGAGGAUUUUGGUUUUGGUCCUAGAGGAUUUCUGUUUGUUGUUGUGACAUUUGUAUUCUUGUUCGUGACGUAUAAUCAGUCUGUAGACUCCAUUGAUUGAUUGUCAGUUUUUUAUUUUUUAAAGGUUGCUAGUUUUGAACGGGGGAAGAUGUCAUCUGCACACAAUAUUUAACCUUUAUAAGCUCUUCUUUUAGCUUACAUGCUCCUUUAUUUGGAACUCUCAGAUAGUCACAUGAAAGUCUGAUGUUGACACGGUGAAGCAGCCAAAAUCCUGGAAUAAUUGUGCGUGACAGACUUUUACUAUCAUCUGACACAAACCACCGCCCUGCAGACUGCAGCCCUCGAGUUGAGCUUCUGUUUCACAACAAAGAAAAUAAAUAAUUUCUCUUAUU